AUGAAUUUUGAGAAAGCAUAUGUUUGGGACGUGUACAAGCGUCUAGCCUCACUUCCAAAUGCUAAGGAUCAGCACCAAACAACACGUAGAUCCUUACCUUGGGUUAAUGUUCAAAAAUUUGUUAGCCAGCUUCCUCUGGGCACAAUUGCUAUUGAUAUUGGCGAGUUUUCUCUUUCCUAUACUACUUUAAUUACGAAUAGUGAAUACCGAAUAGAAAUAUCUGUUGUAUUUAUGAUAAUAAUCUCAUUAAUUAUUAAAUGAUA